AUGGUUGCUUAUUCUGUCUGCACGGAGUGGACGGAAUUUAUUUGCACCACGAAGAGCAUCGCGAAACAUGAGCCAAUCGAGCAGAACUGCAUAAUCGAGUUUUAUAGGGUCGCAUUUGAGGAUUUAAAGAAGGAACUGCAGCAGGAUGAGAGGGAAGCUAGGAGUUCGAGAAAAGGACCCACGGGUUUUGCAGCACCAGAAGGAGCUCUUCUGAUGGAACAAAAUGACUCGAAGGGAGGCUUGACCACGAAGGUCGUGCCGACAUACAAGCAACUCAGGAAUACUCUCCAAGAUUGGACGACAUUUGCGAUAUGGGUCAUCGUUUACCCAUUGGAGAGUAGAGGAGAUAAGAAAAUCAUAUGUGAUAUACUAAGGAUAGCAAAAAGCCAUUUGGAAAAUGGAGGAAAAAUCGUAACGGCUUGGAGCCCAUUGACGGCAAAAAAAGAAAAGGAGUGGCGAAUUAUGAUGAAUUUCUGGAGAAUGCUGGACGAAAUACUUGUAAAAAUGGGAGGAGAGGAUCAGGUUGUGACCACGUCCAACAGUCGGAUCAUGGACGGGAAAAUAUACAUGGAAGCAGGCAGCCCUGAAGCUUCAGCAAAUUUCCACAAUCCGUACUUGGGAGUCGGUGCGGCAAAGACAUUGUACCUAUCGGUACGAGAAAGAGCCAAAGGGAUCAAGCUCCCUGAGAUAGAACAGUCGUCUGGGACGGCGACUACGCGGAUGGGAGGCAUGUGGAAUAGGGAGGCCAAGAGAAAGGCACCGUCCAGAGGCGGGCCACCCUCCAAGCGCGGGGGGUCAUGCUGA